AUGUCCUCUUCACAAGACCCUCGCCGUGAACACGAGGAUGACGCUUUUGUGGAUGCUGACGAGGCGGAGGAAGUCAUAAAUCGCGAUGAAGACCAUCCAAUGGAUUCCGACCCCGAAGAUGAAGACCAACCGAUGUUGGAACAGGAAAUCACUCUAGAGAACGACUCUUCCGCCCAUUUUGACCACCACAAUGACUCUGUCUUUUGUAUCGCUCAGCACCCUGUUCACUGUUCUAUUGUCAUUACUGGCUCUGGUGAUGAUACUGCAUAUCUUUUUGAUUCUACCCCACAGACGGAACGCCCUGUCCUGCCACAAAGUUACGAGUCUAACCCACAGCCAAAAAAGGAACGGGAUUCCUUGCUGCCUAUCCUUAAGCUUGACGGACAUACAGACACAGUCAAUGCAGUCGCAUUCACUGAACCUAAGGGAGAAUAUGUUGUCACAGCCGGUUUAGAUGGUCGAUUGCGCGCAUGGCGCGAUACCUCUCCUCAAUUAACUGGACUUUCGUGGGAAUUUGUCGCAGAGUCUCAAGAAGUGGAGGAAAUCAACUGGGUCGCUGUUUGCCCAUGUGAAAAUGGUGAUGAAGAGAAGCGCAACGUCAUCGCUAUCGGUGCUAGCGAUGGUAGUGCCUGGGUAUUUCGCAUCGACCACAAGGAUGCUACUCAGCCGAUAUCCAUCAUCCAGACUUUCUUCCAACACACAGCAUCGUGCACUGCCGGUGCUUGGACGCCCGAUGGAAAGCUCCUAGCCACUGUUUCUGAAGAUAGCAGUUUCUAUGUGUACGAUGUCUUCGGUGCUGCCGCCGCCGCAGGUGUUUCUUACUCUGGCGGAACCAGCGCCGUUAUCGGAUUGACCGCCGAAGACCAGCGGUUUGCUGUUGACGGUGGCCUCUAUUCGGUUGCCAUAUCUCCAGGCGGUGGCAUUGCUGCCCUUGGUGGUGCCGAAGGACACAUUAGGGUGAUUGGUCUUCCCCGUCUUACUUCUCCUGGUGGCAAUACGUCGUCCAAGUCGAAGGGCAAAGCAUCUGGAGCGCAGGCACCCACGAGCGCAUCUGCCGCAGGCACCCUUCUUGCAUCUCUCCAAGCUCAGUCCGAUGGAAUUGAAACCUUGUCCUUCUCCACCCCACCCUUGACUCUCCUUGCAGCAGGUUCAGUUGAUGGAUCAAUCGCGCUAUUUGACGCCGCACAUCGCUUCGCUGUUCGCCGUCACAUCAAAGAGGCGCACGAGGGUGCCGUGGUCAAAGUUGAAUUCUUAAAUAACCGUUUGUCCUCCUUGGCCCGGUCUAACCCUCCUGCAUCUACUGCCGCGAUGCAGGGCCGACCUUGGCUUCUCACUUCUGUCGGUAUGGACGGUAUUGUGAGGCGUUGGGAUGCACGGGGUGGAACUGCAGCUGCAGCAUACGGACUGCUAAACGAGUGGAAAGGCCACCUGGGCGUCACCGAGAAUGAGGAAGGGGAGGAAUCAGGCGGUAUCAUGGGCUUUGUUCAAAGCCCGGACGGAAAGCGCGUUGUUACAGCGGGGGAUGAUCAUAUAAGCUUGAUAUUUGAGGAAUAA